AUGGCCAUCUUGCCUAUGAUGUACGCAUCACUCUCACUGUUGAUACUUGGGUCACUGGGAAAGUUAACAAGCCACAACCCUGAAGGGAAUUGGGCACAUCCAUCACUUGCCACGCUUGAUGGUUGCCCGAAGAGCUGUGGAAAUCUGAGCUUGGACUACCCAUUUGGCAUCGGAUCCAGGUGCUCCCGGGGGCCUGACUUCAACCUCACUUGCAACGACACCGCUCAUCCUCCCAGACUGUUCUUGCGCGACGGCAUCACCCAGGUGACCGGCUUCAAUCCUUUUUCGUCUUUGAACCUCAUCCAGACCUCCUUCUCGCAUACCAUACCCAUAAAAUCUGGUGCCAGUGUCUACAACUUUUCUUUGAAACCGCCCGGGAGGUCCUUCUCUCCUUUGUCCAUACUUCUAAACAUUACAGGCUGUGACCUGGACAUAUACUUUGUCGAAGAUGUUGCCACCAAGUUGAUAUGCAGCACUGUGUGCUUGGAUCCAGGAAUCUCAGAGAUGGUGGCUAUGCACGACUGUAAAAAUACCUCCGGAUGCUGUCGUGUUUAUGUGCACCUUGACGGCAGCUUUCUGUUUAAAUACCACAGCAAAAGCAACAUUGAGGCACGCUCUAACCAGACCUCUGAACUGUGGGAUAGAAUCAGCAUAACUAGUGAUGGGCCGACUGGCUUUCUGCUAUUGUGGCAGAUAGUUGAUCAAUCCACCUGCGUUGCUGCCAAGCAAAACAGGACAGACUAUGCAUGCAUUAGUGAGCAAUCCAAGUGCAUGGACUAUACAAACAGUUCCGGUGAUGCCAAAGAUGCCAGCUACAUUGUCGGAAGUGAUGGCUACAGCUGCAUGUGCAGGUCUGGCUAUUCAGGCAACCCCUACAUUCCACAUGGCUGCUCGAACGAUGACAAAGGGUAUAAUCCAAUUCCGAGCAAGGGCGAUUGCACCCGUUGGUGCGGUAACAUCAGCGUGCCAUUCCCAUUCGGCUUAGAAGUGGGUUGCUUUGCAGUGGAACAGUUCCACGUCAACUGCACAAAUAUGACGGCAUCAGCUGCCCUCAUUUUGAUGUCAAGGAAUUACCAGGUCUUAGACAUAAAUAUUCAUGAAGGGACCAUUAACUUCACCAAUACUCAACUACAGCAACAAGCAUACUCUCACACUACAAUUGGACGUUUUACUUUUUUAGACUCACCAUUCUCCUCUAUGAUGUGGGUUGCUGCUAAUCUAAGUUGCGCAGAGGCCCAAAAGAAUAUGUCUAGAUAUGCUUGUGUCAGUAUUAACAGCAUGUGCGUGGAAGUAAGCACAGAAAGGCGCUCUGCUGGUUACCGCUGCAAAUGCUCAGAUGGGUUCCAAGGAAAUCCAUACAACCAAAGUGGUUGUGAAGAUAUUAAUGAAUGCCUUCAACCGAACAAAUGUAGAGAAGUCUGCCAUAAUACCAAAGGAAGCUUCAGCUGUACUGAAUGUCCUCUCAAGACUGAGUAUGAUCCAUUAAAAAUGCAGUGUACUGAGAUAAACCAGCAGCGUCUACUAUCAGGUACAAUUACUGGGUUGUCUUGUGGUUUUGGCGUUCUACUUCUGAGCUUCAGUGCAGCACUUCUCAUUCGUAGAUGGAAAGGAAAUGUUCAAAAGCAACUCCGGAAGAAUUAUUUCCGGAAGAAUCAAGGUCUUCUCCUAGAAACGUUGAUAUCAUCUGAUGAAACAGCAAAUGAGUAUACGAAGAUUUUCUCGCUAGAAGAGCUGGAGAAGGCAACAAACAAUUUUGAUGCUACACGAAUCAUUGGUCGUGGGGGCCAUGGCAUGGUUUACAAAGGCCUAUUAUCUGAUCAACGUGUCGUUGCCAUAAAAAAGUCUAAGAUCAUUGAGAAGUGUGAGAUCCGUCAAUUCAUCAAUGAGGUUGCAGUCCUCUCACAGAUAAAUCACAGAAAUUGUGAAGCUCUUUGGAUGUUGUCUCGAAACUGA